CAUAGCAGCGUUGCUAAGGACGGGUGACGGAAGUUCCUGUUUUGAAUUGAAGGGUCGUCAAAAUGGCGCUGUUGUUGAGAUCUUUGGUCCAGCGGAGCGCAGCUGUAUCGUCCGGGUCCCAGAGUUGUCUCCUCUACAGACAUGCUGUUGCCAUGGGAACAAAUGCCAAAGAGCAAAUGCAGAAAUUGACGGAUAAAAACAGCCGCUUGGCCAGACCGCUGUCUCCCCAUAUCACCAUCUACAGCUGGUCAGUUCCAAUGAUGAUGUCAAUAACUCACAGAGGGACGGGGGUCGGUCUGAGUGCAGGUGUCGCUGUGUUUGCUGUCUCGGCGCUGGUUCUGCCAGGAGACUUUGCCUCCUAUCUCAAUCUGAUCCAGUCCCUGUCUCUCGGUCCGGCUCUUAUUUGCACUGCCAAGUUUGGGCUGGCGUUCCCCGUGGCGUUCCACUCCUUCAACGGGAUCCGCCAUCUGAUGUGGGACCUGGGGAAAGGCUUUCGCAUGCCUGAGGUGUACAGAUCGGGCUACGCAGUCAUCGCCCUGUCUGUCCUGUCAGCCAUCGCACUGGCAGCGCUGUAGAGCACAAAACAUGAAGACUCACACACACACACACACACACACACACACACACACACACACACACACACACCGUCAUCGCUCUGUCUGUCCUGUCAGCGAUUGCACUGGCAGCGCUGUAGAGCAUGAAACAUGAAGACACACACACACGCACGCACACACACACACACACACACACACACACCUCAUCCAUCCAUCCUGUCUACUUCAGGCUCUUUGUUUUUGGUCACAAUGUCCCUGUUAAAGUUAUUUUGAGCCGACUCUCUGAAAAGUUAAAGAAGAUCACUUUUUUUUUUCUCUUCUGUGACUUGAAUGAGGUGUGUGUAUCUAUCUAUCUAUCUCGAUCUAUCUCUCGCUCUCUAUCUCUCGCUCUCUAUCUCUCGCUCUCUAUCUCUCGCUCUCUAUCUCUCGCUCUCUAUCUCUCGCUCUCUAUCUCUCGCUCUCUAUCUCUCGCUCUUUGUCUCUCUCGCUCUCUGUCUCUGUCUCUCUGUCUCUCUCUCUCUGUCUUUCUUUCUCUCUCUCUCUCUCCCCCUCUCUAUCUAUCUAUAAUCAGUUUUGAGGGCUGAUUUGAGGGCUGUUGUAAAGCUGAAAUGCUCCCACCCUCACUACCUAUAAUACUGUAGCUGUGGUUUUGUCUCAUUGAUGAUGAGUUUAAAUCAUUAUUAAUGAAACCAGUUGCGGAAGAAAAAAAAAAAUCGAAAUCAACACUUUUUUUUUUUUUUUUUUUAAAUAUACACAGGAGUCGGAUCAGAAUUAGCUUGCAAAGGGACAUCGCGUGAUCCUAAACAAAACGAUUGUGCGUACGUCAUUAAACGGUUGAUCGCUUCAGACGCAUUUUGUGUUUAAUUUCAGUCCUGCGUUUUAUUUUCUUUUGUCGAGUUGAAGAAUGCCAAACCAAGUGACGUCAUUUCGAACUCCUUUAUUCAGUACACACAUGAGAACAACACACGCACACAAAAAUACAUAUCUUUUGUUAAGUGGGACUUUGAGAUUUUUUUUAACCAUGUAAGUAAGUCUCUCUGGAGAAAAAAAAAAGAAACCGGAUGUAGCCCCUCCCGCUUCGUCACGUGAUCCGCUAGAGGAGACCGGAGAGAAACUCGCUCGAUCUCCGUCUGUCUUACUAAAGACAUCUGAAGCUGUUAACGCUCAACAGAAAAAAAUGUGUUCUAGAUUGUAUUUUGGUCUGCCUGCGUCUUUAUAACCUAAGCACUUGUGAACCAAUUCUGAUGAUUAUAAUAAAAGUAUAAUGCAGUAGA